UCCUGACAGGCUCUAGAAAGCCAAUGGAAUCCAGCAUCACGAUAAAGAUGCACUACAGCAUGAGAUUCACCCAUUCACUUUUCAUCAUGAGCUUCUUUUAUGUGACACCUUUCCUCUGCUAUAACCAGCUCAGCCCCCUGGCUCUUGACAGAGCUGAUCCUCAGUGUUGGGAAUCCUCAUCAGCCCUCUUACUGGAGAUGAGGAAGCCAUAUGUUUCUGACUCUGUCAGUGGCUUUUGGGAUGUACUGGUCUUUCUGAAAACAUCAGAGAACUUGAAGCAUGGGGCUUUCUUCUGGGACCUGGCACAACUCUUCUGGGAUAUCUAUGUAGACUGUGUACUUUCCAGAACUCAUGGCUUGGGGAAAAGGCAACUGGCUGAAGCCCAACAUCAGAUUAGAGCUUUCCCAUCUUGGAUCACAAGGAGGACAAGAGGCUUAUUUUCACAAAUGACUCCUGUACAGAAGAAGAAGGAAUUUAAUCAAGACUUAGUAAGCACCUACACUCACAAGUUUCAAUCUGCUUUGCUUGGAAGAAUUACCAAACACUUAAGAGUGAAGAAGAGACAAAUCUAG